GAUUACGAGCACUUUAUCCUUGUAUUUUGGUAAAUCGACAAUGGUGUCGAAUAGCAAUUCCAAUUCUUUGGAGUCAACCUUUUUUAUUCGAAAAAAAAAGUUAUUUACCAGUUAUUUCAAUGUAUUUAAAAUGUCUUGAAGAUCAUGAUAUAAAAUCGCUUUUAAAUCAAGGAAUUGAUAUUUCGUUAAUGUCUGACUAUAAUAAUCAAAUGCAAUUAGAUGUAGUAAAUAAAAAAUCUAUGUUUAAUUACUUAGGUUUUCUUCGUAUAUUAUAUUAUGAACAAAUGAUAAGUGCCGUUGAAAUUUGGUGCGCCGAAUUAGCUGAUAUAAUGGAACAACAGCAACAACCUGAUUGUGAUGAUUUUAUUGAUGAAGAAAAUAAAGUAACAUUGGUUAAUAAUGCCGAAGAAAUUAUAAUGAAAACAUUAUUACAACUUUGUCAGAAACAUGGUUCAAGAUUAUAUGGUCUACAUUUAAAUCCUGACACGUUAGAUAAAUCGCAUGAUGAAAUGUACGAAAUAUUGUUGACUGAUGAUCGAUUGAAAAAUUUAGUCUCUCCUAUUCGUUCAUUACAUAUUUGCGCAAGAGAACAUUUACAUCUAAGCGAUCUUUGGGCUCGACAUCAUGACGAAGAAAGCGUUUACUCUCUUGGAGAAGCCAUCACUUCGUUAAUAUCCUCUCAAAACGCUUUAGUGUCGUUCUCCCUGACAUCCUGUAAGGCAUAUACUCGUGUAUUUAUUCCACCACUUAAACUACAUUCAUCAACGCUACGUUAUAUAAAAUUCGACAAAGUAAACUUUAAGGGCUGUGAUCCAUGGCAUAGCAUUGCAGAAUGCCGAAAUAUCGAACUUCUUGAAGUAUUUCAAUGUGCGAAUUUGGAGGAAGAGAUGUUUGGACCUGUGACAAAAGCAAGAUUUGGAAACCAAUUUGAAGCUAGGUAUGUGAAUGCUUGUAAUAUUAAUAAAAAAUUUAAAGAUUGGGUUGAUAAAGUUAGUGGAGGAGUUGGCAACAUGUGCGGCGAGAAGAUAAAUAUUGAAAAAGGGAUUUUGGCUUUGCUAAGC